UAACAUCUUCAUAUUGUCUUGCGUAUGUUUUCUGAGUAGAUGGAUAUCAGUUCCGGUGAAGAGUCCGAGUUUAGUGAUUCGGAGAUUUCUGAUUACAAAGAUAAGCCAUACGAACAACUGAGGAAUGGAAAACUUAAAGUUAAGUAUUCCGGUGGCAUCUAUAGGUGUCCUUUUUGUGCUGGCAAGAAAAAACAGAAUUUCAAAUACAAAGACUUGCAUCAACAUGCUUCUGGAGUAAGCAAAGGCUCUUCAAACAGAAGUGCAAAGCAAAAGGCGAACCAUCUUGCUCUAACAUUGUACUUAGAAAAUGAACUGGCAGAUGAGGCUGAAAAGCCGCUGAAAGUAGCAGCGCCAAUCACUGAAGAAAACGAAUUGUUUUGCUGGCCUUGGACUGGAAUUCUGGUCAACAUAGUCAAAGAAUCAGACGGUGCGAAUGAUUUUGAGAACACUGAAUAUUGGAUCAAGAGAUUCUCAAAAUACAAGCCUGAAGAGGUUGAGCUGUUAUGGGAUGCUGAAAAGAGAACCGCAAAAGCGUUUGUGACGUUCAACAACAGUUUGAUUGGUUUGAAAAAUGGUAUAGAGUUUGGGAAAGCUUUUGGAGCUGAAAAUCCGUCUGGUUCAAGUAGUAUUUAUGCAUGGCUAGCUCGUGCAAAUGAUUUUGAAUCACAAGGGCCAAUAGGAGACUACCUUCGCAUGAACAGGGAUCUGAAGACGGUAUCGGAAGUUGCAAAAACCAGAAAACGACCAUUGAUUGAAUUAGCGAAGAGAAGAAAACUGCAGGUCCUUGAACAGGAGCGUGUCAAUGCAUUAUUAGAUGAACGAGAAAGGGCCCAUGCUGAGGUGGACAAACGUGAGAAACAAAGAUUAGAUGAGGAGAAAAGAAAGAUUGACAUGGGAAAGAGUUCUCUGAAUAUGGCCUCCAUAGAGCAGAAAAAAGGCGAUGAGGAUCUCUUAAGGCUGAUUGAAGAGCAAAGGAGAGAGAAGGAGGAGGCGUUGAAGAUAGUACUUGAGUUAGAGAGACAGCUAGAUGCCAAACAGAAACUAGAGAUGGAAAUUGUGGAAUUAAAAGGGAAAGUGAAGGUGAUAAAACUUAUGGCCGAUGAAGAUGAUACCGCGGUUCAGGGGCAGAUAAAAAAGUUGAACGAUGAGCUGGAAGAAAAGGUAGAGGAAAUGGGUGAUUUGGAGGAUAUGAAUCAAACUCUUGUGGUUAAGGAACGCGAAAGUAACUAUGAGUUGCAAGAAGUACGCAAAGAGUUGAUUAAGGUGUUUAAGGGCAUGAAGGGUAUGUUUAGUGGACAUACUAAUAUAGGGGUGAAGAGAAUGGGAGAAAUCGAUUCGAAAGCCUUCCUUGAUGCCUGCAAGGUGAAGUAUGGCUCUGAAGAAGCUCAAAUCAAGGCCUCUGAGUUAUGCUCUAUGUGGCAAGAGGAACUGAAAAAUCCAGCGUGGCAUCCGGAAGUAAUUAAUGAAAAUGAUAAAAAGCUAAAAACUCUUAAGGUAGAAUGGGGUAUUGGAAUCUUUGAUGCAGUGGUUGCUGCAUUUAUGGAACUGAAUGAAUACAACCCCAGUGGUAGAUAUGAAGUUAACGAACUUUGGAACUUUAAAGACAAUAAAAAAGCUUUGUUAAAGAAGGUUAUUAGCUAUAUCCUCAAGAAUUUGAGGAGCCUUAAGCGCAAAAGAGGCCACGAUAACUGAGCUGGCGGUUGCACAAUAGCAAUCAUAAAGUAGUACAUCCCUCUUUUCCUUCUGAACUAGUUAUUGGCCCUUUGGGCAUCCAGCAAUCACUCUUAUCAUGGCCACUUGUCUAAUCUGCCCAUUUUUUGCCCCUUAAUGGCAAUAGAACUUGCUUAAAAUGGCUGCUUUACAUACUCUAAUAUAUAACAAAUAGUAUAGGAAAGCGCUGGUAUAUGUCAUCUCAGCACAAAAAUACCUCAUUUUUGCUUAAAUC